GCCACAUGUCACAAAAGAGUGUGAGGGAUUAGUACACACUUGUGGACGAAACAGGACUGAAUGCACACAAGCAGCUGGCGUUUAAAAUGCUGUGCGCUGCCUGGUCUUAGGAAUCUACUGUGAAUGAAAUAACCGCUCCAUUGGCUGACGAAGACGAUACAGGACCAACCAGCAGACUGAUUUCAUUCUCCUUUCAUUCACUGCUGCUGUGGUCAAACUACUAAGAUCUUCAUCCAUCUAUCCAUCCAGCGGUUGCUCGGCUUCUCCAACAUGAAUCAAAGUGCGGGAGCAGCGCAGCACAGUCGCAGGUAUUCAUGUGAUGACAAGGACAUGGGGCAAAGAGGACCAGACAGGAACUGGAAAGGGAUUGGUAUUGCCUUGCUCGUUAUUAUGUUGGUGCUUUCGCUCAUUGGACUGUCAAUUGUUCUGCUAUCAAAAGAUAACCACAAUCAAUUUUCUGGCUCCCACUUGACCUUGGAUGACAUCUUCCAUCGGAACUUCCAAAUACAUGAUCCUGAUGCUAAGUGGCUCAAUGAAAAAGACGUUGUCUUUCUCAACUGGGAUGGAAAUUUAUUGAAAGCCAACACAGAGAACAACAAGACAGAACUCUUGCUGCGAAACACAACUUUUUUCACCUUCAAAGCCUCAAAGUUUGCAGUAUCUCCUGAUCUGAACUUGGUUCUUCUGGGAUAUGAUGUCAGCCAGGUUUACCAGCACUCUUUCUUAGCGUCAUACCUCAUCUUCAAUCCAAACACCAGGGAAGUGAUUGAGUUAAAUCCUCCAGAAGUAUCAAAUUCAGUUCUCCAGUUGGCUUCAUGGGGUGUUCGUGGUCAGCAAUUGAUAUACAUUUUUGAAAACAACAUUUACUACCAAGCAGAUUUGAAGAGCAGCUCAUUGAGGCUCACUUCUUCUGGACAGGAUGCUGUCAUCUUCAACGGCAUUGCAGACUGGCUGUAUGAGGAGGAGGUUUUGCACUCUCAGGCAGCUCACUGGUGGUCACCUGACGGCUCAAGACUGGCCUACCUGACAAUUAAUGACUCGCUGGUGCCAAAGAUGCUACUGCCCUCUUAUUUAGGCUCGCUGUACCCCCGGGGUCAAGAGUAUGCGUACCCUAAGAUGGCUCAAAUCAACCCAUCUGCAAAGCUUUAUGUUGUAAUCCUCAAUGGCAGUUCCCAAGCAACUGAAGUGUUACCUCCUGACAGUCUACACAAGAGUGAAUACUACAUCACCAUGGUGAAAUGGGUGACGGCAGACAAGCUUGCUGUGCGCUGGGUGACCCGGGCACAGAACAUGUCCAUUCUUUCCCUCUGUAAUGUAAUCACCAAUACCUGCGCGAAGAGACAUGUGAUGAUGUCAGACAAGUGGCUGGAUCGCCAGAAUCAAGAACCAUUCUUUUCGAAGGACCACACAGUAUUCUUCAUGACACUGCCGUUGAAACACGGCCUUUUCGGGACAUUCCAGCAUGUCACCAUGAUCUCCACCCAAGGACACGAUGUCAAACUUAUUCCUUUAACUUCAGGAUGCUGGGAGGUGUCUCAAAUUCUUGCAUAUGAUGAGAACACUCAAUCAAUUUUUUUCUUAAGUAAAGAAAACAGCUCAACGCAGCAACAAUUAUACAGUGUUUUGACUGUGGAGCCAUUUUAUAAACAAUGCCUCACGUGUGCCCUGUUCAAGUCACACUGCACGUACUACGAUGCUGAGCUCAGCACAAACUAUCAGCAUGUUCUUCUACAUUGCAGAGGCCCUGGAAUACCACAAACUACUCUGCACAGAUUAGACAACAUGGAGGACUACCAGGCCCUGGAGAUGAAUACCGUAUUACAACACUCACUGAGCAACAGGAAGGUCCCACAGCGCGAAAAAAGAACUGUGCAAAUCAACAAUUUUGCACUUUCUAUGGAAUUAAUUGUACCAGUGGGUUUUGAUGAAACAUACAAACAUCCACUUCUACUAAUGCUGGACAGCGCCCCCGGUGGUCAGGCUGUGAGUGAUCGCUUCAGUCUCAGUUGGGAUUCCGUGCUGGUCAGUUCAGACGACGUCAUCGUGGCUCGCCUGGAUGGGCGAGGCAGUGGCUUCCAGGGCCAGAGAGUUCUUCAUGAGGUCGACAAGAGACUAGGAACUGUGGAUGUUCAGGACCAGAUCGCAAUUGUAAAACAUCUCAUGGUGCUCCCUUAUAUCGAUGGUAACAGAGUUGGAGUUUAUGGAAAGGCAUAUGGAGGUUUUCUUACAUCCAUCCUGCUACUCUCCAACAGCUCGACGUUCAGCUGUGGUGUAGCAGUAGCUCCUAUCACAAACUGGAGGCUUCAUGGGUCUACCUUUACUGAGAAAUAUUUUGGAUUUCCGGCUGAAGAUGAUCACAAGUAUCAGGUUUCCAGUCUACUUGGUGAUGUCACUGGACCAGUUUUAUUGAAAUUUCUUAUUAUCCAUGGCACAGCAGACGCUAAUGUUCAUUUCCAACAUUCUGCGGAGUUGAUCAAGCACCUGUCUGAUUCAAACCACAGCUACACUCUGCAGAUUUUUCCUGAUGAAGGACACGUCUUUGAGUCAAUCAAGAGUCAACGCUACAUGCUGAACUCGGUGGUCGCCUUCUUUAAGGACUGCUUUGAUAGGGAACAGACCGAGGACCAAAAUGCGUCUAAAGAUGACGACUAAAGAUGGGAUGGAGAGUGUCCUGCAAUGAGACUGUCCAAGAAUGUAGAACCAGCAUGAACUUACCUUUGUGGUCCUGAAGUCCUGACCUUCCAAAGCGACAUAUUACAGAGCACUUAUGCAGCAAACACAGCACAUAUUCCGAAUCCUAUUUUACCAUGUUGUCAUGUCUACAAUGCAGAAAAAAAACACAAAAAGAUUUAUAUCUUGCAAGGCAGUAUUACAGCCACUCUGGAAGUAAAAAUAUAUUGUGUUGUAAUUAAUAAAUGUCAAAAUCUCCAUGCAGUCAUUGUUUACGUUGUACCACCAGAGGAUGCCAGCUAUUGUUCUUGGGAUGGAGAAUCGCCUAAAACUAGGCUGCUAUAUAAAACUAAUAACCAUAAUUACAUACAAUUAUUAUUGCAAAUAACCAUCUGCUGUAUUAAAAUGGUUUGAAUUACUUGGGCACAACCCUGAGACAAGUCAUAAUUUUCGGCUCAUAUUAAUUUCUUACACUUGCUGUUUAUAUGUGGAAUUAGAAUUAAGAUAAAGGGCCUGUACAAUUCCAAAUACAAAAAUGACUCAUGAUUUAUUGCUAACUAUGGAUGCUGAUGUGUCAUCCAUGUUGCUGCUUCUUGAUCUUAGUGCUGCUUUUGAUACCGUUGAUCAUAACAUUUUAUUAAACGUAUCAAAACACAUAUUGUGUGUCAGAUCUAGCCUUUUCCUGGAUAAAUUCCUAUUUUUCGCACAGGAUGCAGUGCGUCUCCCAUAACUGUUAUGCUGAUGACACCCAACUCUACAUGCCCCUAAAGUUGACCAACACGCCGGAUUGUAGACAGCUGGAGGCGUAUCUGGAUGAAAUCAAACAAUGGAUGUCCAUUAACUUUUUGCAACUUACCACUAAGAAAACGGAAAUGCUGAUUAUAGGUCCUGCUAUUUACCUAUUUAGUAAUACCACCUUAACAUUUGACAACCAAACAAUUACACACAGCGACUCGAUAAGAAUCUGGGUAUUAUCUUCGACCCAACGCUCUCAUUUGAGUCACACAUUGAGUGUUACUAAAACAGCCUUCUUUCAUCUCCGCAAUAUCCCAAAAAUGCGUCCAAUAUUGAUCAUGUAUCAUGCGUUCAUUACAUCUCUUCUCGAUUACUGUAACAUAUUAUUAUUAAUAGUAUUACCAUAAAAAGAUUACAGUUGGUACAAAAUGCUAGACUUUUGACAAGGACAAAAAAGUUUGAUCAUAUUAUACACCUAUACUGGCUCACCUGCUCUGACUUCCUGUGCACCUAAGAUGUGACUUUAAGGUUUUACUACUUAAGUAUAAAAUACUUAACAGUUAGCUCCAUCUUAUCGUUCUGAUUGUAUUGUACCAUAUGUCCCGGCCAGAAAUCUAUGUUCUAAGAACUGCGGCUUAUUAGUGAUUUCCAGAGCCCAAAAAAAGUCUGCGGGCUUUAGAGCGCUUUCUAUUCGGGCUCCAGUAUUCUGGAAUACCCUACCAGUAACAAUUGGAGAUGCUACCUCAGUAGAAGCAUUUAAGUCCCAUCUUAAAACUUGCAUGCAUACUCUAGCCUUUAAAUAGACCCCUUUUUAGACCAGUUUAUCUUCCGUCUCUUUUCUGCUCUGCCCCCCUCUCCUGCGUGGAGAGGUUAUCAGGUGACCACAGAUGUAGCGCGAGCUGUUCAAAGUCGUGACCCGAGGUGGACCACUCAUCUGUGCAUCAGUUGGGGCAGCCUCUGUGCUGCUGACUUGUCUCCAUUCAUGAUGAUGGCUGUCUCUGUGCUGCUGUCCCCACUGUGGACUCGACUUUCACACCAUUAACUAGAUCCACUCGACAUCCAUUGCACUGAUCACCCAGGUGUGUGUCCCCACAUCUGUGGUCUACUCCAAGGUUUCUCAUUACGCCCAAUGGGUUGAGUUUUUUCUUGCCCUGAUGUGGGAUCUGAAUCGAGGAUGAAGUUGUGGUUGUGCAGUCCUUUGAGACACUUGUGAUUACGGACUAUAAAAAUAAACUUUGAUUGAUUGAUUGACUUUCUCAUUUUUAAAUGUGAAAUGUUUUUGUCCUUCCCCAAUCGUUUUUUAUGACUACUGUUUGUUCCCAAAACAUCUUUGUAAUAAUUUGAUCUGAGGAUUCCAUUAUUUUGGCAUGUUUGAAUCUGUCAAAAAUGUUGGUGUAGUUGGAGAACUUAUGAGACAUA